AGGGGUUCUCCAAGCACUCUUUACAUUUCGAUGCUAUCGAGUGUUUAUAGAAUCCCCAUUUGGUACCGAUUUAGGGAUACACGGUCAUACGGCGUUAGAAAUGCAUUCACCAUAGCUCAAGAAUGGUCGGUGUUGGUGCCAUGCUGCCCCUCCAAAUGAAACCCACUCAACCUUCGUCAUCCCCUCCAUCCGGCUUACUCUACUGCUAGUUAUGCGGUACUGUACGAGUACAACUCCAUCUCCCUUAAAUACUGGUUGAUGUCCCCUGUAUUUCCCUCCCUUCUCUUCUCGCAUCGCUUUCCAAAACAACUUAUCGCUAAAAACCUCAUUGUCAGAAAAAUUCAGAAAAAUGAGCGCCAUUCCUAAGCCAGUGAGUUGUUGAAUUCGUCUUCAAUUCGUAAACUCGGGCAUUAACGGAUUCUUUGUUUGAUAGGUCCUCACCAGUGAUGCCGCUCCUCGUGAGUAUCCCUUCCAUCAAUGCUCCCUCCACCGAACGGUUGAUUGAUCGCUCCCUGCCCUUUUCUUUUCUCUCGGCGAAAUGUAGCUGCGGGGCCCUACGUGAGCCCAUCCACUCCACGCCUGAUGCGCUCAAUUAACGGUGAAACCAGUCCCAAGCAAUCAAGGCCAAUGGUCUCGUCUUCGUCUCCGGUCAGAUCCCAGCCGACAAUAGCGGAAAUGUUAUUGAGGGUAGCAUCGAGGAAUGCACUGUAAAAAGUUUCCCCUCCCCGGUUCUCCACUCGCAUCGACUGACUGUUUCAUAGGAGGCUGUUUUCGUGAAUCUCGCCGCUGUUCUGAAGGCAUCCAACUCCUCCUUCAACAAGGUACUCAAAACCACCGUCUUCCUUUCGGAUAUGGCCAACUUCACCCGCAUGAACUCUGUUUAUGAGAAGCACUUUUCCGGGCACAAGCCCGCCAGAAGCUGUGUUGCCGUUAGGGAAUUGCCAAAGGGGGUUCACGUCGAGAUUGAACUCGUUGCUUUGGAGGAUACCCUUCCUGGGAAAGCUCGAGAGGGGGGCCAUGGGAACGUGGGGGAGUAAGGUUGGGUCGAAUAUGGGAAAUUCUGUCCGAAAUCCAGGGUUUCCGAUGAUUGGAUCAUUGCUACUGCUGCUCUCUUUACUCCCUUCAAGCCUGGGGCAAUCGGAACCAGCAACAGUUCUUAAUGCGGUGGAAAGGUGUUGGCUUAUGUAUUCCUCGUUGCGAAUCGAAUGAUACACACUUUAGUGUCAGUGAGUUUUAACUACUCGUAUCAUGACUAGCCACAUGUGCUGGUCUGUGUGACAAGGGACGCAGUCGCGAAAACGAGCCGCGACAUCAGUCGAACCACGACUUCAAGAGCUAGUACCGUACCGGUACGUUAAAUCUAAUAAGCCCCACAAUCCUUGUAUUCUCCAAGAACUUACAAGCUAUGGUAACCCCCUCAGGCGCUGGAGACGUCAAAACUCUCCUGAACGACCCACAUUUAUCGAGUCUCUUUUCAAGCCCUUGCCACGGGAUUGCUAUCCGGCGGCUGACUUUCCGCACCGAGUGAUGCUGUGUGACAAGGGAGACUCCUCCCUGAGCCCACAGAAAAGGCUGAAACGCACAGCGAGGUAUGAUAUCGUAUCACACGGAGACUUCGCAGCCCAAACAACGCAAGCGUAACAGGGGCCUUAGGCAGCGCAAGUAGAGUAGAACACUGCAUCAUAAUAGAUUGAUCAGCUUUGCAUACUGGACUUCUACCAGCGCCGACUAGGUUAAGUUACUGUACAUAUAACAUCUUUUACCAGCACGCACACACAUACAUGCUUCCUAAACAAACAUAAGUAUUACAAGAGCCCGCCAAUUAGUAAACCUUCAAUCAGAUCCAAUAUGCUAGUACAACCCCUCCUCCGCCC